GCUGUAACCGCCAUUAAACAAAAGGAUCUCGAGUGCUGUGAGCUCGUAGCCCGAAAGACAUCACUGGGACAGGCCGGGGCCUGAGGGCAAGGGGAGGACCAGGAUCAAGACAGGCCAAGAGCGGCCAGGGUGUGGAUCAGGCCAGGGUUUGUCAACAUUGAAACCGGGACAAGAAUCCAAACAGGACGAGUGCCAACCCUGAGUCCGGGCACAGGAUCAGGAGAGGCCGAGCCCGGGAGCACUGAGCCCGGCUAACACAUCAGGAAAGACCGGGGCUCUGGUGGGAUAUGAUGUUUCCCCAAAGCAGCAGCCGGCACUCGGUGAGGCCUAGCAGAGGCUCUUCUCACUUGCCCCAGCAACUCAAAUUCACCACCUCAGAUUCUUGUGAUAGAAUUAAAGAUGAAUUCCAGCUGCUCCAAGCACAAUAUCACAGUUUGAAGCUGGAAUGUGAUAAACUGGCCAGUGAGAAAUCUGAGAUGCAAAGGCACUAUGUCAUGUAUUAUGAGAUGUCUUACGGCCUGAAUAUUGAAAUGCACAAACAGGCCGAGAUUGUCAAACGGUUGAACGGAAUCUGUGCACAGGUGUUGCCUUAUCUCUCACAGGAGCAUCAGCAACAAGUCCUGGGAGCCAUAGAGCGGGCAAAGCAAGUGACUGCUCCGGAGCUGAACUCAAUCAUCCGUCAGCAGCUUCAGGUGCACCAGCUCUCCCAGCUCCAGGCUCUGGCCCUCCCUCUCACACCUCUGCCAGUAGGAUUGCAGGCACCCUCCUUACCAGUUAGUGCCGCCAGCGGCCUCCUCUCUCUGUCUGCGCUCGGUUCCCAAGGUCACCUCCCCAAGGAAGACAAGAAUGGCCACGAUGGUGAUCCUCGGCCUGAUGAUGAGGGAGACAAAUCAGAUUAAACAAGAAGGGAGGUUUGAUGGAUAAAGGUGCAGCGCAGCAGUAAAUCUAGCACAGCCAUGUGGUUUGGCAAAGUGCAGCGUUAUCCCAACAUGCACUGGAGGAGCCUCUGGUUGCCUAGUGGUUUGUGAAAGCAGGGAACUGGCAGCCAGGGGAUUAAUGCAUAUAUAACAUGAUAGUAUAUGUAUAUACAUAUAUAUGGAUAAUACUGCGAACUGUAUUGUAAAUCAGCUGAUAAUACUUUUACUGAAAGCACAAACCUCCCUGAUUUUAUAUAUAAUUUUCCCUUUCCAUCCUUAAUUUUGGAUAACAGUGUAUUACAUAAUAGAGUAGUAGAGAAUAACACCUCCCUGAUCUUGUGUGAGAUUUGACAAAUAUUAACCCUUUCAUACUAGACUUGAGGGAACACAUUGCGUUGCAAUGCACAGCAUACCUCUUUGCCGCUGAAAAGGUUAAGAGCACUUGCAUAGCUCACAUGCACGCUAAGCAGAUAUUUAGGAUCAGCUGAAAAGGCUGUUGUGGGUUUGAAAUGUUCAGUGUAUGUGAUUUAGAAUUCUAUAUUUUCUCGCUCUUUCUGCUGAUGUGAGUUACUUAAGUGUAAUGCUUGUGCACGGAGUGCAAAGAAUGUUUAUAAACAUGCCUUGCAUAAAGGUAAUUGGUCGUACAGAUACCAAAAAAAAAUAAUUUCCACUCUUGCUGCCAGAUGAGUGUUGCAGCUUGGUUAGCACCUGUAUUUACGAAGUAGCUCCUUUACAGUAGAGCGAUGGGAAGUAGAAACACACUUGUCUAACCAGAGAAGAUUUGUGGUUUUUCGAAAAACUCAUUAAAAAAAAACUCUUAUUUCAUCUCUUAGUCUCUCUGUAUCACAGCGCUGCACCUUUUAUCCUAAUACCUGGAGGCAGAGGGAAGGUGUUAAAUUGAUCUUGUCUCUCUAUCAAGUUACCCCCUGGAGGGUUGGGGGUCAGCACCCUUUAAUAUAUCAAUAAGGUAGCUUGUCCAAGGCCAGGUGUGUGCUCUGUAUAUAGUGUGUAGAGAAGCUCAAAUCAUUCCCCUUUUCUUUCCCAUUUUUUUGUUUUUUUUCUUUUGGUCUGAUUUAAUGACCCUGUUGAUAUUCUGUGUGGAGGGUGUGACCGUGCCUUUUUCAAUAAAUUGUUACAAUGCCUGCUAAUAA